UCUUGUUCUGCUUAGCAGUGGUCUGAUACAAGUCAGUGCCAACAAUGCUACCACAGAUGCACCUUCUGUAGGAAUUACAAAAUCCAUUAAAGCAUCAACAAUAGAGUCAGUUAAAGAAGGAACCAAAACUUCAACGCCAACUUCUUCAGUAACUUCUCUUUCUAUGACACCCACAUUCAGCCCAAAUCUGACUCUGGGACCCACCUAUGCAACCACUGUCAAUUCUUCAGACUCUGGCAAUGGGACAACGACGAGAAGAGCAAACCCUAAUUCUGCAGGCACUACAAUUUCACUAAAUGGAGCGUGGCUUCCAGAUAACCAGUUCACAGACGCCAGAACAGAACCCUGGGAGAGGAAUUCCAGCACUGUAGCAACCACUCCAGAAACCUUCCCUCCUUCCGAUGAGACGCCAAUUAUUGCAGUGAUGGUGGCCCUGUCUUCUCUGCUACUGAUCAUGUUUAUUAUCAUAGUUCUGUACAUGUUAAGGUUUAAGAAAUACAAACAAGCCGGGAGCCAUUCCAAUUCUUUCCGCUUAUCCAAUGGCCGCACUGAGGAGGUGGAGCCCCAAAGUGCGCCACUUCUGGCCAGGUCCCCAAGCACCAACAGGAAGUACCCACCCCUGCCUGUAGACAAGCUGGAAGAGGAGAUUAACCAGAGAAUGGCUGAUGACAAUAAGCUCUUCAGAGAGGAAUUGAAUGCUCUCCCUGCUUGUCCUACCCAGGCCACCUGUGAGGCUGCCUCCAAGGAGGAAAACAAGGAAAAAAAUCGAUAUGUUAACAUCUUGCCUUAUGACCACUCUAGAGUCCACCUGACACCAGGUGAAGGAGUUCCAGAUUCUGAUUACAUCAAUGCUUCAUUCAUCAAUGGCUACCAAGAAAAGAACAAAUUUAUUGCUGCACAAGGACCAAAAGAAGAAACAGUGAAUGAUUUCUGGAGGAUGAUCUGGGAGCAAAAUACAGCCACCAUUGUCAUGGUGACCAACCUAAAGGAAAGAAAGGAGUGUAAAUGCGCCCAGUGCUGGCCAGACCAAGGCUGCUGGACUUACGGCAAUAUCCGUGUUUCCGUAGAGGACGUGACUGUCCUGGUGGACUACACAGUUCGGAAGUUCUGUAUUCAGCAGGUAGGCGAUGUGACCAACAGAAAGCCACAACGCCUCAUCACUCAGUUCCACUUUACCAGCUGGCCAGACUUUGGGGUGCCUUUCACCCCCAUCAGCAUGCUCAAGAAGGUGAAAGCCUGCAACCCUCAGUAUGCAGAGGCCAUCAUGGUCCAGUGCAGUGCGGGCGUAGGGCGUACAGGUACCUUUGCUGUCACUGAUGCCAUGCUGGAAGAGCGGCAGGUGGACGUAUAUGGCUUUGUGAGCCAGAUCCGGGCACAGCGCUGUCAGAUGGUGCAAACAGACAUGCAGUAUGUCUUCUUGUACCAAGCCCUUCCAGAGCACUAUCUCUAUGGGGAUACAGAACUGGAAGUAACCUCUCUAGAAACCCACCUGCGGAAAAUUUACAACAAAAUCCCAGGGACCAGCAAUAAUGGAUUAGAGGAGGGGUUUAAGAAGUUAACAUCAAUCAACAUCCAGAAUGACAAGAUGCGGGCUGGAAACCUUCCAGCCAACAUGAAGAAGAACAGGGUUUUACGGAUCAUUCCGUAUGAAUUCAGCAGAGUGAUCAUUCCAGUUAAAAGGCGUGAGGAGAACACAGGCUAUGUGAAUGCGUCCUUCCUGGAUGGCUACCGCCAGAAGGAUUCCUACAUCACCAGCCAGGGCCCUCUUCUCCACACAGUUGAGAACUUCUGGCGAAUGAUCUGGGAGUGGAAAUCCUGCUCUAUCGUGAUGCUGACAGAACUAGAGGAGAGAGGCCAGGAGAAGUGUGCCCAGUCCUGGCCGUCUGAUGGACUGGUGUCCUAUGGAGACAUCACUGUAGAGCUGAAGAAAGAGAAGGAAUGUGAGAGCUACACCGUCCGAGACCUCCUGGUUACCAACACCAGGGAGAAUAAGAGCCGGCGGAUCUGGCAAUUCCAUUUCCAUGGUUGGCCUGAAGUGGGCAUCCCCAGCAAUGGGAAGGGCAUGAUCAGCAUCACUGCGGCCGUGCAGAAGCAGCAGCAGCAGCAGUCAGGGAACCACCCCAUCACUGUGCACUGCAGCGCUGGGGCAGGAAGGACAGGGACCUUCUGUGCCCUAAGCACCGUCCUGGAGUGUGUGAAAGCAGAGAGGAUUUUGGAUGUCUUCCAGACUGUUAAAAGCCUGAGGCUGCAGAGGCCACACACGGUCCAGACACUGGAGCAGUAUGAGUUCUGCUACAAGGUGGUUCAGGAAUAUAUUGAUGCCUUCUCAGAUUAUGCCAACUUCAAAUGAAAGGUGACAGGGCCCAUGGACCAGGAGGAUUGUCUUUAAUAUUUUGUAAUAUUCUGUUUUGUUAAUAUACCCCAAAUUGUGUAUAUAUCUUAUAACUGUUUUAGAAAUUGGUACAUAGGCUUCUAUUACCUAUUAGGUGGCGAUUUUAUAUGUAAAUGUGUUAGCACUGAUA